AUGAGGGCGUCCCAAUCACACUUCAGGACUCUCUCCUCUUCAGACUCUCCUCUUCAGACUCUCCUCUUCAGACUCUCUCCUCUUCAGACUCUCCUCCUCAGACUCUCUCCUAUUCAGACUCUCUCCUCUUCAGACUCUCUCCUCUUCAGACUCUCUCCUCCUCAGACUCUCUCCUAUUCAGACUCUCUCCUCUUCAGACUCUCUCCUCUUCAGACUCUCUCCUCUUCAAACUCUCCUCUUCAGACUAUCUCCUCUUCAGACUCUCUCCUUUUCACACUCUCUCCUCUUCAGACUCUCCUCUUCAGAUUCUCUCUCCUCUUCAGACUCUCUCCUCUUCAGACUCUCACUCUCUCCUCUUCAGACUCUCCUCUUCAGACUCUCUCCUCUUCAAACUCUCCUCUUCAGACUCUCUCCUCUUCAGACUCUCCUCUUCAGACUCUCUCCUCUUCAAACUCUCCUCUUCAGACUCUCUCCUCUUCAGACUCUCUCUUCAGACUCUCCUCUUCAGACUCUCUCUCCUCUUCAGACUCUCUCCUCUUCAGACUCCCCUCUUCAGACUCCCCUCUUCAGACUCUCUCCUCUUCAGACUCUCUCCUCUUCAGACUCUCUCCUCUUCAGACUCUCUCCUCUUUAAACUCUCCUCUUCAGACUCUCUCCUCUUCAGACUCUCACCUUUUUAGACUCUCUCCUCUUCAGACUCUCUCCUCUUCAGACUCUCUCCUCUUCAGACUCCCCUCUUCAGACUCUCUCUUCAGACUCUCCUCUUCAGACUCUCUCUUCUCUUCAGACUCUCUCCUCUUCAGACUCUCUCUUCUCUUUAGACUCUCCUCUUCAGAGUCUCUCUCCUCUUCAGACCCUCUCCUCUUCAGACUCUCUCCUCUUCAGACUCUCUCCUUUUCAGACUCUCUCCUCUUCAGACACUCUCCUCUGCAGACUCUCUCCUCUUCAGACUCUCUACUUUUCAGACUCUCCUCUUCAGACUCUCUCCUCUUCAGACUCUCUACUUUUCAGACUCUCCACUUCAGACUUUCUUCUCUUCAGACUCUCUCUUCUCUUCAGACUCUCUCUUCUCUUCAGACUCUCUCCUCUUCAUUCUCUCUCCUUUUCAGACUCUCUCCUUUUCAGACUCUCUCCUCUUCAGACUCUCUCCUCAGACUCUCCUCUUCAGACUCUCUCCUCUUCAGACUCUCUACUUUUCAGACUCUCUCCUCAGACUCUCCUCUUCAGACUCUCUCCUCUUCAGACUCUCUCUUCUCUCUCAGACUCUCCACUUCAGACUUUCUUCUCUUCAGACUCUCUCUUCUCUUCAGACUCUCUCCUCUUCAUUCUCUCUCCUUUUCAGACUCUCUCCUUUUCAGACUCUCUCCUCUUCAGACUCUCUCCUCAGACUCUCCUCUUCAGACUCUCUCCUCUUCAGACUCUCUACUUUUCAGACUCUCUCCUCAGACUCUCCUCUUCAGACUCUCUCCUCUUCAGACUCUCGUAUCUUCAGACUCUCUCCUCUUCAGACUCUCUCUUCUCUUCAGACUCUCCUCUCUAGACUCUCUCUCCUCUUCAGACUCUCUCCUCCUCAGACUCUCUCCUAUUCAGACUCUCUCCUCUUCAGACUCUCCUUUUCAGACUCUAUCCUCUUCAGACUCUCUCCUCUUCAGACUCUCCUCUUCAGACUCUCUCCUCUUCAAACUCUCCUCUUCAGACUCUCUCCUCUUCAGACUCUCUCCUCUUCAGACUAUCUCCUCUUCAGACUCUCUCUUCAGACUCUCCUCUUCAGACUCUCUCUUCUCUUCAGACUCUCUCCUCUUCAACUCUCUCCUCUUCAGACACUCUCCUCUUCAAACUCUCCUCUUCAGACUCUCUCCUCUUCAGACUCUCUACUUUUCAGACUCUCCACUUCAGACUUUCUUCUCUUCAGACUCUCUCCUCUUCAGACUCUCUCUUCUCUUCAGACUCUCUCUUCUUCAGACUCUCUCCUCUUCAUUCUCUCUCCUCUUCAGACUCUCUCCUUUUCAGACUCUCUCCUCUUCAGACUCUCUCCUCUUCAGACUCUCUCCUCAGACUCUCCUCUUCAGACUCUCUCUUCUCUUCAGACUCUCUCCUCUUCAGACUCUCUCUCCUCUUCAGACUCUCUCCUCUUCAGAAUAUCUCCUCUUCAGACUCUCUCCUCUUCAGACUCUCUCCUCUUCAGACUCUCCUCUUCAGACUCUCUCCUCUUCAGACUCUCUCUCCUCUUCAGACUCUCUCCUCUUCAGACUCUCCUCUUCAGACUCUCUCCUCUUCAAACUCUCCUCUUCAAACUCUCCUCUUCAGACUCUCUCCUCUUCAGACUCUCUCUUCAGACUCUCCUCUUCAGACUCUCUCUCCUCUUCAGACUCUCUCCUCUUCAGACUCCCCUCUUCAGACUCCCCUCUUCAGACUCUCUCCUCUUCAGACUCUCUCCUCUUCAGACUCUCCUCUUCAGACUCUCUCCUCUUUAAACUCUCCUCUUCAGACUCUCUCCUCUUCAGACUCUCUCCUCUUCAGACUCUCACCUUUUUAGACUCUCUCCUCUUCAGACUCUCUCCUCUUCAGACUCCCCUCUUCAGACUCUCUCUUCAGACUCUCCUCUUUAGACUCUCUCCUCUUCAGACUCUCUCCUCUUCAGAGUCUCUCUCCUCUUCAGACCCUCUCCUCUUCAGACUCUCUCCUCUUCAGACUCUCUCCUUUUCAGACUCUCUCCUCUUCAGACACUCUACUUUUCAGACUCUCCUCUUCAGACUCUCUCCUCUUCAGACUCUCUACUUUUCAGACUCUCCUCUUCAGACUCUCUCCUCUUCAGACUCUCUACUUUUCAGACUCUCCACUUCAGACUUUCUUCUCUUCAGACUCUCUCCUCUUCAGACUCUCUCUUCUCUUCAGACUCUCUCUUCUCUUCAGACUCUCUCCUCUUCAUUCUCUCUCCUUUUCAGACUCUCUCCUUUUCAGACUCUCUCCUCUUCAGACUCUCUCCUCAGACUCUCCUCUUCAGACUCUCUCCUCUUCAGACUCUCUACUUUUCAGACUCUCUCCUCAGACUCUCCUCUUCAGACUCUCUCCUCUUCAGACUCUCGUCUCUUCAGACUCUCUCCUCUUCAGACUCUCUCUUCUCUUCAGACUCUUCUCUUUAGACUCUCUCCUCUUCAGACUCUCUCCUCUUCAGACUCUCUCCUCUUCAGACUCUCUCUUCUCUUCAGACUCUCCUCUCUAGACUCUCUCUCCUCUUCAGACUCUCUCCUCCUCAGACUCUCUCCUAUUCAGACUCUCUCCUCUUCAGACUCUCCUUUUCAGACUCUAUCCUCUUCAGACUCUCUCCUCUUCAGACUCUCCUCUUCAGACUCUCUCCUCUUCAAACUCUCCUCUUCAGACUCUCUCCUCUUCAGACUCUCUCCUCUUCAGACUCUCCUCUUCAGACUCUCUCCUCUUCAAACUCUCCUCUUCAGACUCUCUCCUCUUCAGACUCUCUCUUCAGACUCUCCUCUUCAGACUCUCUCUUCUCUUCAGACUCUCUCCUCUUCAACUCUCUCCUCUUCAGACUCUCUCUUCUCUUCAGACUCUCUCUUCUUCAGACUCUCUCCUCUUCAUUCUCUCUCCUCUUCAGACUCUCUUCUUUUUUCAGACUCUCUCCACUUCAGACUCUCUCCUCUUCAGACUCUCUCCUCAGACUCUCCUCUUCAGACUCUCUCCUCUUCAGACUCUCUCCUCAGACUCUCCUCUUCAGACUCUCUCUUCUCUUCAGACUCUCUCCUCUUCAGACUCUCUCUCCUCUUCAGACUCUCUGCUCUUCAGACUCUCUCCUCUUCAGACUCUCUCCUCUUCAGACUCUCUCCUCUUCAUACUCCCCUCUUCAGACUCUCUCCUCUUCAGACUCUCUCCUCUUCAGACUCUCUCCUUUUCAGACUCUCUCCUCUUCAGACACUCUCCUCUUCAAACUAUCCUCUUCAGACUCUCUCCUCUUCAGACUCUCUACUUUUCAGACUCUCCUCUUCAGACUUUCUCUCCUCAGACUCUCCACUUCAGACUUUCUUCUCUUCAGACUCUCUACUCUUCAUUCUCUCUCCUCUUCAGACUCUCUCCUUUUCAGACUCUCUCCACUUCAGACUCUCUCCUCUUCAGACUCUCUCCUCAGACUCUCCUCUUCAGACUCUCUCCUCUUCAGACUCUCUCUUCUCUUCAGACUCUCUCCUCUUCAGACUCUCUCUUCUCUUUAGACUCUCCUCUUCAGAGUCUCUCUCCUCUUCAGACCCUCUCCUCUUCAGACUCUCUCCUUUUCAGACUCUCUCCUUUUCAGACUCUCUCCUCUUCAGACACUCUCCUCUUCAAACUCUCCUCUUCAGACUCUCUCCUCUUCAGACUCUCUACUUUUCAGACUCUCCACUUCAGACUUUCUUCUCUUCAGACUCUCUCCUCUUCAGACUCUCUCUUCUCUUCAGACUCUCUCUUCUUCAGACUCUCUCCUCUUCAUUCUCUCUCCUCUUCAGACUCUCUCCUUUUCAGACUCUCUCCUCUUCAGACUCUCUCCUCUUCAGACUCUCUCCUCAGACUCUCCUCUUCAGACUCUCUCUUCUCUUCAGACUCUCUCCUCUUCAGACUCUCUCUCCUCUUCAGACUCUCUCCUCUUCAGAAUAUCUCCUCUUCAGACUCUCUCCUCUUCAGACUCUCUCCUCUUCAGACUCUCUCCUCUUCAGACUCUCCUCUUCAGACUCUCUCCUCUUCAGACUCUCUCCUCUUCAGACUCUCUCCUCUUUAGACUCUCUCUCCUCUUCAGACUCUCUCCUCUUCAGACUCUCCUCUUCAGACUCUCUCCUCUUAAAACUCUCCUCUUCAGACUCUCUCCUCUUCAGACUCUCCUCUUCAGACUCUCUCCUCUUCAAACUCUCCUCUUCAGACUCUCUCCUCUUCAGACUCUCUCUUCAGACUUUCCUCUUCAGACUCUCUCUCCUCUUCAGACUCUCUCCUCUCCAGACUCCCCUCUUCAGACUCCCCUCUUCAGACUCUCUCCUCUUCAGACUCUCUCCUCUUCAGACUCUCCUCUUCAGACUCUCUCCUCUUCAGACUCUCUCCUCUUUAAACUCUCCUCUUCAGACUCUCUCCUCUUCAGACUCUCACCUUUUUAGACUCUCUCCUCUUCAGACUCUCUCCUCUUCAGACUCUCUCCUCUUCAGACUCCCCUCUUCAGACUCUCUCUUCAGACUCUCCUCUUCAGACUCUCUCUUCUCUUCAGACUCUCUCCUCUUCAGACUCUCUCUUCUCUUUAGACUCUCCUCUUCAGAGUCUCUCUCCUCUUCAGACCCUCUCCUCUUCAGACUCUCUCCUCUUCAGACUCUCUCCUUUUCAGACUCUCUCCUCUUCAGACACUCUACUUUUCAGACUCUCCUCUUCAGACUCUCUCCUCUUCAGACUCUCUACUUUUCAGACUCUCCUCUUCAGACUCUCUCCUCUUCAGACUCUCUACUUUUCAGACUCUCCACUUCAGACUUUCUUCUCUUCAGACUCUCUCCUCUUCAGACUCUCUCUUCUCUUCAGACUCUCUCUUCUCUUCAGACUCUCUCCUCUUCAUUCUCUCUCCUUUUCAGACUCUCUCCUUUUCAGACUCUCUCCUCUUCAGACUCUCUCCUCAGACUCUCCUCUUCAGACUCUCUCCUCUUCAGACUCUCUACUUUUCAGACUCUCUCCUCAGACUCUCCUCUUCAGACUCUCUCCUCUUCAGACUCUCGUCUCUUCAGACUCUCUCCUCUUCAGACUCUCUCUUCUCUUCAGACUCUUCUCUUUAGACUCUCUCCUCUUCAGACUCUCUCCUCUUCAGACUCUCUCCUCUUCAGACUCUCUCUUCUCUUCAGACUCUCCUCUCUAGACUCUCUCUCCUCUUCAGACUCUCUCCUCCUCAGACUCUCUCCUAUUCAGACUCUCUCCUCUUCAGACUCUCCUUUUCAGACUCUAUCCUCUUCAGACUCUCUCCUCUUCAGACUCUCCUCUUCAGACUCUCUCCUCUUCAAACUCUCCUCUUCAGACUCUCUCCUCUUCAGACUCUCUCCUCUUCAGACUCUCCUCUUCAGACUCUCUCCUCUUCAAACUCUCCUCUUCAGACUCUCUCCUCUUCAGACUCUCUCUUCAGACUCUCCUCUUCAGACUCUCUCUUCUCUUCAGACUCUCUCCUCUUCAACCCUCUCCUCUUCAGACUCUCUCCUCUUCAGACUCUCUACUUUUCAGACUCUCCUCUUCAGACUUUCUCUCCUCAGACUCUCCACUUCAGACUUUCUUCUCUUUAGACUCUCUCCUCUUCAGACUCUCUCUUCUCUUCAGACUCUCUCUUCUUCAGACUCUCUCCUCUUCAUUCUCUCUCCUCUUCAGACUCUCUUCUUUUCAGACUCUCUCCACUUCAGACUCUCUCCUCUUCAGACUCUCUCCUCAGACUCUCCUCUUCAGACUCUCUCCUCUUCAGACUCUCUCCUCAGACUCUCCUCUUCAGACUCUCUCUUCUCUUCAGACUCUCUCCUCUUCAGACUCUCUCUCCUCUUCAGACUCUCUGCUCUUCAGACUCUCUCCUCUUCAGACUCUCUCCUCUUCAGACUCUCUCCUCUUCAUACUCCCCUCUUCAGACUCUCUCCUCUUCAGACUCUCUCCUCUUCAGACUCUCUCCUUUUCAGACUCUCUCCUCUUCAGACACUCUCCUCUUCAAACUAUCCUCUUCAGACUCUCUCCUCUUCAGACUCUCUACUUUUCAGACUCUCCUCUUCAGACUUUCUCUCCUCAGACUCUCCACUUCAGACUUUCUUCUCUUCAGACUCUCUACUCUUCAUUCUCUCUCCUCUUCAGACUCUCUCCUUUUCAGACUCUCUCCACUUCAGACUCUCUCCUCUUCAGACUCUCUCCUCAGACUCUCCUCUUCAGACUCUCUCCUCUUCAGACUCUCUCUUCUCUUCAGACUCUCUCCUCUUCAGACUCUCUCUUCUCUUUAGACUCUCCUCUUCAGAGUCUCUCUCCUCUUCAGACCCUCUCCUCUUCAGACUCUCUCCUUUUCAGACUCUCUCCUUUUCAGACUCUCUCCUCUUCAGACACUCUCCUCUUCAAACUCUCCUCUUCAGACUCUCUCCUCUUCAGACUCUCUACUUUUCAGACUCUCCACUUCAGACUUUCUUCUCUUCAGACUCUCUCCUCUUCAGACUCUCUCUUCUCUUCAGACUCUCUCUUCUUCAGACUCUCUCCUCUUCAUUCUCUCUCCUCUUCAGACUCUCUCCUUUUCAGACUCUCUCCUCUUCAGACUCUCUCCUCUUCAGACUCUCUCCUCAGACUCUCCUCUUCAGACUCUCUCUUCUCUUCAGACUCUCUCCUCUUCAGACUCUCUCUCCUCUUCAGACUCUCUCCUCUUCAGAAUAUCUCCUCUUCAGACUCUCUCCUCUUCAGACUCUCUCCUCUUCAGACUCUCUCCUCUUCAGACUCUCCUCUUCAGACUCUCUCCUCUUCAGACUCUCUCCUCUUCAGACUCUCUCCUCUUUAGACUCUCUCUCCUCUUCAGACUCUCUCCUCUUCAGACUCUCCUCUUCAGACUCUCUCCUCUUAAAACUCUCCUCUUCAGACUCUCUCCUCUUCAGACUCUCCUCUUCAGACUCUCUCCUCUUCAAACUCUCCUCUUCAGACUCUCUCCUCUUCAGACUCUCUCUUCAGACUUUCCUCUUCAGACUCUCUCUCCUCUUCAGACUCUCUCCUCUCCAGACUCCCCUCUUCAGACUCCCCUCUUCAGACUCUCUCCUCUUCAGACUCUCUCCUCUUCAGACUCUCCUCUUCAGACUCUCUCCUCUUCAGACUCUCUCCUCUUUAAACUCUCCUCUUCAGACUCUCUCCUCUUCAGACUCUCACCUUUUUAGACUCUCUCCUCUUCAGACUCUCUCCUCUUCAGACUCUCUCCUCUUCAGACUCCCCUCUUCAGACUCUCUCUUCAGACUCUCCUCUUCAGACUCUCUCUUCUCUUCAGACUCUCUCCUCUUCAGACUCUCUCUUCUCUUUAGACUCUCCUCUUCAGAGUCUCUCUCCUCUUCAGACCCUCUCCUCUUCAGACUCUCUCCUCUUCAGACUCUCUCCUUUUCAGACUCUCUCCUCUUCAGACACUCUCCUCUGCAGACUCUCUCCUCUUCAGACUCUCUACUUUUCAGACUCUCCUCUUCAGACUCUCUCCUCUUCAGACUCUCUACUUUUCAGACUCUCCACUUCAGACUUUCUUCUCUUCAGACUCUCUCUUCUCUUCAGACUCUCUCUCCUCUUCAUUCUCUCUCCUUUUCAGACUCUCUCCUUUUCAGACUCUCUCCUCUUCAGACUCUCUCCUCAGACUCUCCUCUUCAGACUCUCUCCUCUUCAGACUCUCUACUUUUCAGACUCUCUCCUCAGACUCUCCUCUUCAGACUCUCUCCUCUUCAGACUCUCUCUUCUCUCUCAGACUCUCCACUUCAGACUUUCUUCUCUUCAGACUCUCUCUUCUCUUCAGACUCUCUCUUCUCUUCAGACUCUCUCCUCUUCAUUCUCUCUCCUUUUCAGACUCUCUCCUUUUCAGACUCUCUCCUCUUCAGACUCUCUCCUCAGACUCUCCUCUUCAGACUCUCUCCUCUUCAGACUCUCUACUUUUCAGACUCUCUCCUCAGACUCUCCUCUUCAGACUCUCUCCUCUUCAGACUCUCACUCUCUCUUCUCUUCAGACUCUCCUCUCUAGACUCUCUCUCCUCUUCAGACUCUCUCCUCCUCAGACUCUCUCCUAUUCAGACUCUCUCCUCUUCAGACUCUCCUUUUCAGACUCUAUCCUCUUCAGACUCUCUCCUCUUCAGACUCUCCUCUUCAGACUCUCUCCUCUUCAAACUCUCCUCUUCAGACUCUCUCCUCUUCAGACUCUCUCCUCUUCAGACUCUCCUCUUCAGACUCUCUCCUCUUCAAACUCUCCUCUUCAGACUCUCUCCUCUUCAGACUCUCUCUUCAGACUCUCCUCUUCAGACUCUCUCUUCUCUUCAGACUCUCUCCUCUUCAGUCUCUCUCCUCUUCAGACUCUCUCUUCUCUUUAGACUCUCCUCUUCAGAGUCUCUCUCCUCUUCAGACCCUCUCCUUUUCAGACUCUCUCCUCUUCAGACUCUCUCCUUUUUAGACUCUCUCCUCUUCAGACACUCUCCUCUUCAGACUCUCUCCUCUUCAGACUCUCUACUUUUCAGACUCUCCUCUUCAGACUUUCUCUCCUCAGACUCUCCACUUCAGACUUUCUUCUCUUUAGACUCUCUCCUCUUCAGACUCUCUCUUCUCUUCAGACUCUCUCUUCUUCAGACUCUCUCCUCUUCAUUCUCUCUCCUCUUCAGACUCUCUUCUUUUCAGACUCUCUCCACUUCAGACUCUCUCCUCUUCAGACUCUCUCCUCAGACUCUCCUCUUCAGACUCUCUCCUCUUCAGACUCCUCUCCUCAGACUCUCCUCUUCAGACUCUCUCUUCUCUUCAGACUCUCUCCUCUUCAGACUCUCUCUCCUCUUCAGACUCUCUGCUCUUCAGACUCUCUCCUCUUCAGACUCUCUCCUCUUCAGACUCUCUCCUCUUCAUACUCCCCUCUUCAGACUCUCUCCUCUUCAGACUCUCUCCUCUUCAGACUCUCUCCUUUUCAGACUCUCUCCUCUUCAGACACUCUCCUCUUCAAACUAUCCUCUUCAGACUCUCUCCUCUUCAGACUCUCUACUUUUCAGACUCUCCUCUUCAGACUUUCUCUCCUCAGACUCUCCACUUCAGACUUUCUUCUCUUCAGACUCUCUACUCUUCAUUCUCUCUCCUCUUCAGACUCUCUCCUUUUCAGACUCUCUCCACUUCAGACUCUCUCCUCUUCAGACUCUCUCCUCAGACUCUCCUCUUCAGACUCUCUCCUCUUCAGACUCUCUCUUCUCUUCAGACUCUCUCCUCUUCAGACUCUCGUCUCUUCAGACUCUCUCCUCUUCAGACUCUCUCCUCUUCAGACUCUCUCCUCUUCAGACUCUCUCCUCUUUAGACUCUCUCUCCUCUUCAGACUCUCUCCUCUUCAGACUCCCCUCUUCAGACUCUCUCCUCUUCAGACUCUCUCCUCUUCAGACUCUCCUCUUCAGACUCUCUCCUCUUCAGACUCCCCUCUUCAGACGCUCUCCUCUUCAGACUCUCUUGUCUCUUCAGACUCUCUCGUCUCUUCAGACUCUCUCGUCUCUUCAGACUCUCUCGUCUCUUCAGACUCUCUCGUCUUCAGGCUGA